CCCCGAAAUAAUAGCUGGCCACUAUCGUCGAGUGCCCUUGGGUGCAUUGCAGCAGCCGCAGGACUUUGCGGUGAGCGUGCCGGAUGAAAAGCUGCAGGAGCUUCAAUUGCUUCUACUGUUUGGUAAAGUCGCGCCUAGAAAUUACGAAAAUACACGCCCAGAUGGUAGUUUUGGCGUGACUUCCGAAUGGGUGGCUACGAUGCGAGACGAAUGGGUCAAGUUUGACUGGAGAAAGGUUGAACGCAGGAUUAAUUUAGUCCUAAACUAUAAAAUGGAAAUCGAGGAUAUUGGGACAAUCUUCGAUAUCUAUUUCCUAGCUCUAUUUUCAGAAAGAACCGACGCAACACCGGUCCUAUUGCUUCACGGAUGGCCAGGCAGCGUUCUCGAGUUCAUGGAGAUGGUCGAACUGCUCAAGACAAAAUAUACGCCGGCAGAUUUGCCGUAUCAUGUUAUUGUACCAUCCUGGCCUGGUUUUGAAUUCUCCUCAUCCCCGCAGAUAGACACAGACUUUGGCACGCACGAUGUUGCACGCAUCUUCGACAAGCUCAUGGCGCAGCUCGGUCUCGGCAGUGGCUAUAUUGCACAGGGCGGCGAUCUUGGGAGCAGGGUUGCAAGAAUACUGGCCGCCAAGUAUGAGAGCGUCAAAGCAGUACAUCUGAACUACUGCUUUAUGCCAGAUCCGGGAACCACUGCGGCAGAAGAAUACUCUGCGGUCGAGAAAGAGAGUCUAGCACGCAUCCAACUCUUUAUAGCCAUGGGCAGCGCGUACGGGUUAAUCCAAGCGACGAAGCCAAGCACUAUCGGGCUGACAUUGUCGUCAAGUCUAAUAGCGUUAUUAGCCUGAAUCGGCGAAAGGUUUUUGGACUGGACAGACCGAAGACUGAGCACUGAUGAGAUACUAGAGUCGCUGUCGCUAUACUGGCUUACAGAGUGCAUCGCGACAACUCUGUACCCGUACCGGGAGAGAUUUACACAGGCACCUGUUGCUGGGAAUCCCGAAUACUACAUAUCCAAACCAAUGGGCUUCUCAUGGUUUCCAAAAGAGAUUGGUGCGGUGCCGCAGAGCUGGAUAGCAACUACUGGUAAUCUCGUCUUUUUUCAAGUCCAUGAGAGUGGCGGCCACUUUACUGCGCUGGAAUGCGCCGAGGGCUUGCUUAGGGACUUGGAGGAUAUUCAUUGCAAGCGUAUAAGAAGAUAAUUAAGUACCUUUAAAUGAAACUCAAGGUGGCUAAUAAGUGCCGGGUGUAUUUCCCACUCUAGGCAUAACGUAUUGUAUGUUCAAUACUCAAAUAUAUCCAAGGCUCAGCCCAGGUAUGGCUUCAAAUCUACAUCGCUUGGCGCACGCACAUGCGCCAGAUUAAACGGCUGC